AUGGCGUUGGCACCUUACCGCAGCGUGCUGGUGGCCGGCCGGGCGGCACGGGCUGACGCCUCGCCGUGCCGCUCCCUGAUUGCCAAAGCAAACAGAGACUUUCCCGGGCUCGCCUGCCUGCCAGCACGGGGGACACGAGCCCGUGCCAGCACCUGGAAGCCCAAAUACAUAUGGUUUGAGAUGGGGCAGAUGUGGGUGGAAAUGCCCAUCGAUGGAAGACGAGUCGGAGUGGUCAGGCGCUGCGGAGCUGCCCUGCCCGGUGCUGGCAGUGUGCGGUGCCCGGUCCCACCGGUGCAGCCGGCUUGGAAGAAAAAGCAAGCUCAGGAGCAGAAGACCCAGGCAGUGAAUGAAGAAGAAUAUGGCUCUAGCAUUGUCGCUACCGUGCACCCUCAGGACAGAGGACUUCUGAGGAGUUUCCCACCCGGGGUGAAGCUGCAGGAGUGCUGGUUUGAGGUGCUGUGGGGAAUCUUCUCCAUCGUGGUGUUUGGCUCCAUCGUGAACGAGUGCUACGUGAACACGGACAGCCAGAACCCCGAGCUGUUCUGCAUCUUCAAUGACAAUGAGAGUGCCUGCAGCUACGGCAUCGCCGUUGGCAUCAUUGCCUUCUUUGGCUGCGUCUUCUUCUUUGUCGUGGACCUCUACUUCCAGCAGAUCAGCAGCGUGAAGGACCGCAAACGGGCUGUCCUGCUGGACCUCGGCUUUUCAGGUUUCAUCAGUUACAUCUGGGCUUGUUUUCACUUUGUGCACGUGUGUUUUGGAGCAAAGCAGAAACGUGCUUCUGCAUGCCACCGUAAUCCCCCGCUGCCUCCAGGACCGCGGUGUGCAG